UAUGUCAAAAAUUAAUGUUCGGUCAAGAUUUAAUGGCAAACCAAAAAGUCUUCCAAGAAGACAAUCGCAAAGGAACUUAAGUUCAAACAGUGAUUAUAUUAAUAAUGAAAAAUUACAGUUUUCAAGCAGUGAUGAAAAUGAAAAUGUUAAUCCUUCAUUUUCAACUCAAGUUAAUAAAUCUCCAAUGGUUAUGAGAGAAUGCACAGAAAAUUUUAAUUCAGCCUCAGAGGAUAAUUCUUCUAAAACUGAUUCUAAUAAAGCAUCUGAAAGUUACUCAAAUAUACAUAGUUUAAUUCCAAUAUCCAGAAAUAAAAGUAAAUAUGAAUUACCUAGCAAUGUGCCAGAAAUAUCAAAUAAUUGCAAAAUUGAAGAAAAUGUACAAAAACAAAAAUCAUCACACUUUAAGGAAAAUUUAUCUUCUGAUAAAAUUUCACCUAACAAAAAAUGUACAAAAGUUAAAGGAAAAUCUCCUGACAGAAGAAAAACUUUUAUCAUUUCUCAUGAGAAGAAAAGUCUGAAAAGAGAAACAUAUACAAUAUCUGAGCUAAAUUCAACUAUUGCUUCUCUUUCUAAAGUGGAAGAUCCAAAUAGUUCAGAGAAUUCAUCUCCCAUAAAAAUAUCAAAUAACUGUGAUAAAAUAACAAGUUCAUCUGUUGUCUUUGAAAACAUUUAUAAUAAAGGUCUUAGUUAUGUAAAUUCUAAUACAAACUUAAUUUCUGCAAAUGAAAAUGAAAAAUUAGGAAAUAACAAAAUUGAAAAAAGUAGGAGUAGAUUGCUUUCUCAUAACAAGGGAAUAUAUGAGUCUGAUAAAAAUACAAUUAAAGAAAUGAGAUCUGCUAUUGAGAAAUCUAAAAAUCAUAAAAUAUCUACAGAUAAAAAAAAGAUUGAUAUUGAAAGAAAUAUCAAUAUUAAUGAAACAAAAAGUUCAAGCAAAAAGAAUGUUAAAUUUGAAUCUAUCAAAUAUUGUCAUAAUAGUGAUCAAUUAGUUGUAACAAAUUCAGUUGAUGAAAAUAUGUUAAAAGAAAUAUCUCCAAUUGUUUUUCAGACUAAAAGGAGACAGAAAAGUAUUAGAAGGAAAAGCUUAACUAAUAAGAAUAAUGAAACACAACUGCCUAAAAUAGAUAAUGAUAUUUUUGAUGAGUGUCAUAUGAAAGAAAAACUGUUUAAAAAUAAAGAAUUAACUACACAAAUAGCUAACAAAGAAUUAAUUAUACAAUUAGAUGAUGUAUUGACACCAAUAAAGACUCAUUCAAAUAAAACAGAAGAAAAUUAUAUUUUUAUAACAGAUCCUUUAGAUGGAAGCUUUCUGAAGGUAGAUACUAGUAUAAAAUUGGAAGAAAAUUCUGUUAAUGAACAAAAUGAAGAAAGUCAAGAUAACAUAGAAGAUAUCAAUAACAUUAAUGAUGAUACAGAAAGUUUACACAGAGAAGGAAGGAAACGACGUGCCGUAGUUGGUGUAUCAUAUAAGGAACCACCUGGCAAUAAGUAUGAUAAUGAUUAAAGUAACACAGUGGUGCAUUGUACUUCAAAUUUAAUUCAUUCUAGGAGGUUAUUUGAACUCUGAA